AUGAUUGUUCAGGAUGAUGAGGAAUUGGAUCUUUCACUUAGUUUUAAAGUUGACGAUUUUGAUUAUGUCAUUUUUGUGACAACUGCUAAAACAAAGUGCUUUGGUUGUAAAAAAACAGGACAUUUGAUUCGUAAUUGCCCAGAAAAGGGAGUCACUGAGAAAGGGGAUGAUGGUUCCUAUCCAAGCACAAGUAAAGCUAGUGUGGAUUUACGGAGUGCAGGUGUACAGGAUGAAUCCAGCAGAGAGACGGAAAUGGUUACUUGUGACAAGACACCUAGAGUGGAGGUUGUCGGGACAGGAAUGGACUCAGAAAAGGGUGGAGAAAAUGAUAUGGCUGAAACUGCAGUAGGCCUAUUGGAUGAAAAACUUUCAAAAAUUUCUGAAAAAGAAAGAGAAUGUGGUACUACUGGAAAAGAUGAUACACAGGUUGUACAGAAAAGAAAGAGACAUUACCUGCACUACAUGUUUACAGCCCUGACCAAAGAAGAUGUAUUACCUGAGUACAGUGCUGUGGGUGUGGUUGAUGACAGACGGAUCUCAGAUGACAGUAAGGAAGUUCCAGAAUCGAUAAGACUGAUUCUGAAUACAUAUGACGAGACUGAUGCUCUUGUACAGCUAUGUGUCUCUAGUUACUGGUACAAUGAUCAGCUAUACACUCUCUCGAACUGCACACAGUGUUCUGAGCUCCAUACAUUUCGGAGAAUAAUUGGUUGUGAAGUGGAGAAAUUUCCUGAUGGAACAGUGACAAGUCUGAGAGCCUUUGAUGAAUAUGGAUUUGAUGGAGAAGAUUUUAUGGCCUUUGAUUCUGACACUCUGCAGUGGAUUGUUAAAAGUCCCAAAGCCAAAGAAACCAAAAAGAAAUGGGAUCAGCAAACAGAACGAAACCAGUUCAUCAAGAAUUAUGUUGAGAAAUGCAUGGACUGGAUCUCCACAUUUAACAACACGCAUGAGACUCCGGAUUCACCCGAUGUUUACAUUUCUGCGAGGAGAGCUCCUAAUGAUCACUGUAAGCUGGUUCUGAGCUGUCUGGCCACUGGUUUCUACCCCAGAGAUAUUGAGAUGUACAUCAGAUUGAAUGAAUCUGUUCUUGACAACCAAACAUAUUCUGGAAUCAGACCAAAUGCUAAUGAAACAUUUCAGAUGAACACCAGUGUAGAGAUCGACAUAAACUAUAAAGGAUCUUAUGACUGUUUUGUCAUUCACAGCAGUCUGACAGAACCAGUUUCAGAAGAAUGGGAUGGAAAAUGUUCUACAUUUGAAACAGAAUCUCAGUGGUCUGUUAUAGCAGUAGUAACAGUUUUAGUUUUAGUUCUAGCUGUAGUUUCAGUUCUAGCUCUCAUUGGGAUUCUUUGGCGGUGCCGCAGCAAAAAGAAAGGAUCGAAUGCUCUGGGGAGAAAUCGUGCUGAUUAUGGUGCAGUGAGUGAGCAGAUACCGAUGACCAGUGCGUGCUGAUGUCUGGUCAAGAGAUCAGUGUUGAUGAAUCUACAGACU